UUCUUUGAUUACGUAAAUAAAUCUUUAAAACAGGCUUCCGAGGAAGAUACAAGGCGUGGAUUCUCAAAUACCCGCCAUGCCCCUUUCCCCCUUUCAAGGGCACUGCCCUCCUCUAAAAAAAAUGAUCACCAAGAACUCUUCCAAUUUUAUCUAAAAAAACACUUGAUUUAAAUUUUUUUUUCCCAAGUGAGGCACCACUGCGCGUUACAUAGCUCCGCCCCUGGUUUCAUGUAUUUUAUUCUUCGCACGCUUGUUUUACAAUUUCCUAUUGCCAGCUUUCAAUUUUCAGUUAGUAUAUAAUACCAGGUGUUUCUAUUGCAAUCAGCUUGUAAAAUAUAAACACCCCAAAAGAACUAGAGCUUUUUGGGUCUUUAUCUCUUUCAUCCUAGAAAGUAGAAAUCACUGUUCGGUUUGAUGGCCAGAAGUGGGUAUGAAGCUGGGAUGAAGAUGAUGGAGGAACUGACCACAAAUGCUGAGCAAAUUCAAGAACAGGUAUUGGAGGAAAUACUGGGGAGAAAUGCGGGAACAGAAUAUUUAAGGAGAUUCCUCCGUGGCGAAACUGACACAAAACUCUUCAAAGCAAAUGUUCCCAUUGUUACUUAUGAAGAUAUCAAGCCUUACAUUGAUCGGAUUGCUAAUGGGGAGCCAUCAGAUAUUCUUUUGGAUGAACCUGUUAUUCAGUUCUAUCGAAGCAGUGGGACUUCCGGAGGGCAGCCAAAGUUGAUUCCUACCACGGCUGAACUUGCUAACAAAGGGGCAAUAUUUGAUACCUUGUUACAGUCUGUGAUGACAAAGCACUUUGGUGACUUAGACCAUGCAGGAAAAAGAAUGGAACUUAUGUUUACUAAACCAGUGAUUGAAACUCCUUCGGGCCUCCAGGCAGCAUCUGUAACAACAAGCAUAUUCAAGAAGAGUGGCUUUAGAACCAUUUCCAAGCUUUACACAAGCCCUAUUGAGACAAUCUUUUGCUCAGACACCAAACAGAGCAUGUACUGCCAAUUACUUGCUGGUUUAAUACGACGAGAUGAGGUUGUCACGGUUGGCUCAACCUUUGCAUCUACGGUGCUAAGAUCUAUCAAGUUUUUAGAAGAUUACUGGCAAGAGCUAUGCUCUAACAUAAAAAUAGGUCAAAUAAGCGAUUGGAUCAUUGACUCAGGAUGCAGAAACGCAGCAUCAUUGAUCUUGAAGCAUAAUCCAGAUUUGGCUUAUUCGAUAGAAAACAUAUGUAGUUGUAAAUCAUGGGAAGGAAUAAUCAGAAAGCUGUGGCCUAAAGCAAAGUAUAUCAGUGCCAUUAAUACCGGUGUUAUGAGUCAAUAUACUGCUGAACUUGAGUUCUAUGGCGGAGGUCUUCCUUUAGUGUCAGGCUUUUAUGCUUGCUCAGAAGCUAUAUGUGGUAUCAAUUUAGAACCUCUAAGCAAAUCUUCAGAUGUCUCUUACACAUUUCUCCCCAAUAUGGCUUACUUUGAAUUCCUUCCUAUGAAGAAAGACUGUGUAACAAUUUCUCAAGAUCAGGCUCAGUUUGAUGGUUUGUCUCGCCAUGAAUCUAUAGAAAAGAAGACCAACAAUGAAGAUACUGAACCUGUUGAUCUUGUAAAUGUGAAGCCUGGUCAAUGUUAUGAACUACUUGUCACAACUUCUGCAGGGUUAUAUCGAUAUAGAGUUGGAGAUAUUCUUAUGGUGAGUGGUUUCCACAAUAAUACACCUCAAUUCCGAUUUGUGGAGAGGCAAAAUGUUAUUCUAAGUAUUCAUGCGGAUAAGACAAGCGAAGCAGACCUCUCAAAGGCAGUGACAGAAGCAAAGGCUCUUCUUGAUCCGCUCGGAAUCUUCUUGACAGGGUACACUAGCUAUGGUGAUACUUCUUCAAUACCAGGUCACUAUGUCUUAUUUUGGGAGCUGAAGGGAAAAGAAGGCAACAAUAUCAAAGAGGUUGAUCCAAAGAUAAUGGUAGAAUGUUGCUCUAAAAUGGAAGAGUCAUUGAAUUAUACAUAUAAAAUGUAUAGGAAAGAAAAUGAAAUUGCAGCUUUGGAGAUUAGGGUGGUGAAACAAGGAACUUUUGAUGCAUUAAUGGAUUACUAUGUGUCCAAAGGAGCUUCUUUGAGCCAAUUCAAGGCACCUAGUUGCACCAAAUCUAUGGAAGCCUUAAAGAUAUUAGAUUCAAGAGUGAUAGGAAAGUUUUUCAGCCCAAAAACUCCUAUAUAAUCUGUUGCAUCUAUUCGUGUAUGUUAGUGUUUAAAAAUUCCAAUUACUUCCAAUGUUUAAAAACUCCUAUGUUAUUAACUUAGAGAAUGCCUUUUGACUUUUUUGUUUAAUAUUACCUAUAUUUUCUUUUAUUUUAUUUUAUUUUAUAAAUGAGGUCCUAAUUUGAGAAUAA